UGGCGAGUAAUUCUCUCCGAUUUGGAUGACUAUUCUAAAGGAAUUCGGAAAUUUUUUCCUGAAAAGCAUUAUAUUCUUUCCUCAGAAUUCAAACAUCUCUAUGUUGCCAUAACCAGAGCCAGAGAGCGUCUCUGGAUUUUUGAAGAGGAUGCGAAGUUGAGUGAGUCAAUCUGUACAUACUGGAUACACAAAAAGCUAGUGAAAGUAACGAAUGAAAUCGACAUUUCUACCUUGACUAAGACGAGUAGUCCGUCUGAAUGGAAUUAUGAAGGAAAGAAGUUUUUUGAGCAACGGAAGUAUGUACAGGCUCUUUUCUGCUUCAAAAAAAGUGGAAAUGAGAAAAGCUUAAAGCUAGCUCGUGCGUAUCAUCUUCAACAGGUUGCUAGAACUUCCUUCUUAACCGGUUCUAAUGAAAAUACUGUGAAGUCCAAUUUCGUAACUGCCGCUCAAGCCUUUGAAGAAUGUUCCCGGUUGCCACAGGCAGCUUCAUGUUAUGAGAGCAUAGGCAUGUAUAAAAAAGCUGGAGAUAUUUAUUCUGUAUCAAAAAUGUUUGAGCCUGCCGCACGUUGUUAUCUUGAAGUCAAGAUGUGGAACGUAGCAGGAGAGUAUUUUGAAAAGGCGAAAAAAUACAAUCAUGCAGCCUUUGCCUAUAAAGAUGGCAACCUUAAUGAUAUGAUAACUGAUUUGAUUCAGAGACAAGACAUCAACGAUGAAACAAUCCGACAAAUCAAUAUCCACUUUCGUAAUGAAGCUGAAAAACUUAUUUCACAUAAUAAGUUUGAAGAGGCUGCCGAUAUGCUAAACCGUUCUGUUGAUGAUGACGAAAAUACAAUCGAGGCGUCUAAGUGUCUCUUUCGUCUCUGUAGAGAUAAUGUAUUGAAAGAGUUAUUUACAGGUUUCACAAGCUCAAAUACCCGGCAAGAAUUAUGUAGACUCCAAUCCAAAGCGGCCAAGACUAUCUCAAAAGUUAAAAAUCAUUCUAUACAAUGGAAUAGAUUGACAGAUCAGUCUCAGUUAUAUAUUUCCUUUUUAAAUGAAAAACUCGAGAUUUAUGAUAUGGUAACCGAUUUGACUCAAAGGCACAGACAAGACUUCAACGACAAAACGAUCCGUCAACUCAAUUUCCACUUUCGCAAAGAAGCAGAUAAACUUAUUUCGCAUAAUAAGUUCGAAGAGGCUGCUGAUAUGCUUAUCCGGUCGGUUGAUAAUGACGACAAUAUAAUUAAUGCUUCUCGGUAUCUAUUUCGCCUAUGCAGAAUUAUUGUACUGAAGGAGAUAUUUACAGGUUAUAUAAGCUCAAUUGCCCUACAGGAUUUAUUCAGACUCCAAACUAAAGCGGCCGAUGCUAUCUCAAAAGUUAUAAGUAAAUCUAAACAAUGGAUGAUCCUUAUGGAAGAGUCUCGGUUAUAUUCUUCUUACUUAAAUAAUGAUCUCGAUAUUUAUGGUUUGGUAGCCGAUUUGAUUCAGAGGCACAGACAAGACAUCGACGAUAAAACGGUUCGUCAACUCGAUCUCCUCUUUCGCAAAGAAGCAGAGAAACUUAUUUCGCAUAAUGAAUUCGAAGAGGCUGCCGACAUGCUGAACCGUUCGGUUGAUAAUUAUGAGAAUGCAAUAGAUGCGUCGCAAUAUCUAGUACGCCUUUGCAGAGUUAAUGUACUGAAAGCGUUAAUUAUAGGCUACACAAGCUCAAGUUCCCUGCGUGAAUUAUGUAGACUCCAAACCAAAGCGGCCAAGGCUAUCUCAAAAGUUAUAAUUCAAUCUAAACUAUCGAAAUUUCUGAUGGAAGAGACUCAUUUAUAUGAUUCUUAUUUAAAUGAGGAUCUCGAUCAAGUACACGAGUGCGGACAGUAUUUCAUGAAUCAUGAAGAGUUUAUCAGCGAGUUUUUUGCAGUAUUCAUGUGGCUUCAAAUUCCCUCACCACCUGAUAUGAAUAUCAAGUAUUGGAAUGAACGGUUACAAUGCUUGCUGAGACUCUGUAAAUUAGUCUUUCCUUAUAUAACCCCACAAAAUAAUGACGAUAUUUCAAAAAUCUCGAAAGAAUUCGAGGAUAUUUUUUUAUGUUUUGAAAACAAAAUAAAAAACUCUCGGGGACUGAACCUUUUUACUUACAACCCUCUUUAUUUUCUUAUGGAUAUCAAGCAUAAAAAUAAAGAAAAUGAAGAAUCAAUUACGGAUUGUGGGAAGUUUUAUGACUUUGAUGUUGUGCAUCAGAAAAUUUCACAAUUCCUUAUUAGAUAUAUCUGCGAGCUUAUUUCGAAAGUCGAUCAGGUUGGGAGGGGUAAUCCGGAUGUAGUUUACAGUCAGGAUUCGUCAUCACCAUUUCUGCUCCAACGCCUGAAACUGGCAAGACUCCAAUAUACUGUAGUGCGACAGUUGGAUGUGUUAUGCCAUUAUGGGCAUCUUAGUGAAGAAAGUAAAGAAUUCCUUGCUUCACAAAAUUGGUGGGCUGAGAAUCUGGUUAAAUGUCAUAUGUGCUAUCAAUCACCACAUAUAAGCUGCCCAGAAGUUACUUACAUCGCUCUUACCAAACCUCCCAUUCACAUUCGUGAUGCUCAUAUUAAUGCAGCAUACAAGACAUGGUUAUUUAAUGAGUCAAAAAAUGCUAGCGACUUUGAAAUUUUAUUAAAAUGUAUGUAUGUUAUACAGCAACUGCAAGACAAAACGGUCAUUGAUGAGUUUAAUCGGGAGAUGUCGAAAACAAAAUUACUUUCGCAUCCUAAUGACUUAGCCGUGGGUUUUGAAUAUUACUGUGGAAAUUAUCAAGCAAUUCCAGUUGGAAGAAGUCUUUCGCAAUUUUUUUUAUUUCUUUAUACUAAUAAAGUGAUACCCGCGAUCAUAAGCUCAAGGACGUUUAUUAAUUAUGCCAUAAAAAAUAUUGAACAAAUCAAUCUGACUUCAUCCGAUGCUCUUGGAGAUCUUACAUCUCUCAUGGAAUUUACAACGUCUUUAAUUUUCGCAGUUGGACAAGUGCAUUGCGAUAUUUGUCUUCCUCGAAGUUUUUUGACUGAUUACUUAGACGCAUUUACCGCGAAACCGCUCAUUCCUGAUCGAUAUACUUACAGCAGAAAGAACUAUCUGUUUGCUAUCAAUAAUUCCAUCGAUCAAGUUCGAAAUCUUCUUGAUCUGUUGUUUUCUAAGCAGAAGAUUUACUUGACAAUUAUCCUUCGACUGAUACGGCUUUUGGUUCUUAUCGGUCUAAAUGAAUCCAAUUUUGUACAGGAGAUCCUUUAUCUUUUUAAGCAAACUUUUAGCAAAAACAAAAUCUAUUCUACAAAAAUCCAGAAAUACCUAGAAGAAACCAAUUUUGUAAGACUUGUGGAAAUACUUUAUAGAGAUCUCAGGGAGGAACGUUAUGAUUCCUUAAUUAUCGUUCACCACAAUAAUAUAAGCAUAUCGAAAUUUGCUUGCUUCGAAAAGUUUGGUGUCAAAAGCUUUACUUACAAUUCUAUUGAGGAUUUCCGUUCGUCCCUUCGAAAAAUAUCUUCCUCUACCAGAAUUCCGGGCCAAUUUGAAAGUUAA